CCUCAUGGCUGGCGGGACCCAGGGGCUCCCGUCGCGCGGAGCCACUGCGCGGUGCGGGGAAGAAACCGGCCCGGCACCUGCCGAGCGAGCGGAGGGCGAAGCCUGCCUGUUCCCGGAGAGCUCUGCUGGGGGCUGACUUUCAUUGUGGCCUCUCCACGUGUCGCGUCUGCCUUGGUGCUCCUUUCAAGUCAGCGUGUGAGCAACAAGUCCGGCUGCGCUGCCGGAGGGAGUGAAUCGUGGAAUCGCAGCGUGGCCGGGGUUGGAAGGGACUUCACUCCAGGGCCCUGCCAGAGCAGGUCCGCCUUGACCCGGUCACACGGAACCUUCAGAGAAGGAGACUCCACACCAUCCCCGGGCAGCCUGUGCCAGAGCUGCCUCACCCUCCCAGGAAAGAACUUUUUCCUUGUAUUCAAGUGGAACUCUUUGUGUUCCAGCUUUUGUCCGUUGCCACCAGUCCUGCCACUGCAAAGCUGAAUGGGGAUGCACAGGACGAGACCGGUCUGAAUUUAGUACUUCACCUGCAGUUAGCUCCACUAUUAGCAAAGCAAGAAAGACAGGACAUAAAAUUUAACGUGUGUUCCUUUUAACUCAAGAACACCUUUCAAGAUCUGAGAGCACAGUGAAGCAUUUGGGAGAUACCAUCUGAUUGAUAGGCAUCUGUGCUGGAGCUAGAAGAUGAAAAGGAACUUUCUGAAGAAUCAGGGGAUGAAGAAUUACAACUUGAAGAAUUCCCUAUGCUAAAAACCCUUGAUCCAAAGGACUGGAAGAAUCAAGACCAUUAUGCGGUUCUUGGGCUGGGACAUGUACGAUACAGGGCUACUCAGAAACAAAUCAAAGCAGCUCAUAAAUCUAUGGUUUUGAAACAUCAUCCAGACAAGCGAAAAGCUGCGGGGGAACAGAUAGGAGAAGGUGAUAAUGAUUAUUUCACAUGCAUAACUAAAGCUUAUGAGAUAUUGUGUGAUCCUGUGAAACGACGAGCGUUUAACAGCAUAGACCCUACUUUUGAUAAUUCUGUACCUUCCAAAAGUGAAGCAAAAGAAAACUUCUUUGAAGUUUUUUCACCAGUUUUUGAAAGAAACGCCAGAUGGUCAAAUAAGAAAAAUGUUCCUAAACUUGGGGACAUGAACUCAUCAUUUGAAGAGGUAGAUGCAUUCUAUUCAUUUUGGUAUAAUUUUGAUUCCUGGAGAGAGUUUUCCUACUUAGAUGAAGAGGAAAAAGAAAAAGCAGAAUGUCGAGAUGAAAGGAGGUGGAUUGAAAAGCAGAACAGAGCUGCCAGAGCACUGAGGAAAAAAGAAGAAAUGAACAGAAUUAGGACACUUGUCGACAAUGCAUACAGCUGUGAUCCCAGGAUAAAGAAAUUUAAGGAGGAAGAAAAGGCAAAGAAAGAAGCAGAGAAGAAAGCAAAGGUAGAAGCAAAAAGAAAAGAACAGGAGGCAAAAGAAAAACAAAGACAAGCAGAAUUGGAAGCAGCACGGUUAGCAAAAGAAAAGGAGGAGGAAGAAGUUAGGCAACAAGCAUUAGUAGCAAAAAAGGAAAAGGAGAUUCAGAAGAAAGCAAUCAAGAAAGAAAGGCAAAAACUGAGAACGACGUGCAAGAACUGGAAUUACUUUUCUGAUAAUGAGGCAGAUUGUGUUAAAAUGAUGGAGGAGGUGGAAAAGCUUUGUGAUCGUCUUGAGCUAGCAAGUCUGCAAUGCUUGAAUGAAGCACUUACAUCCACAACAAGGGAAGGAGGAAAGGCGGCUGUAGUAAAACAGAUAGAAGAAAUAAAUGAGCAAAUAAGGAGAGAGAAAGAAGAGGCUGAAGCUCGUAUGCGCCAAGCAACAAAGAGUUCAGACAAGUCAACCACUGGUGGUGGAGGGGGAAGCAAAAAUUGGCCAGAAGAUGAUUUACAGUUGUUAAUUAAAGCUGUGAACCUCUUCCCAGCAGGGACUAACUCAAGGUGGGAAGUUAUUGCCAAUUACAUGAACUUGCACUCUACUACUGGAAUCAAACGGACAGCAAAAGAUGUCAUCAAUAAAGCAAAGAGCCUCCAAAAGCUUGACCCUCAUCAGAAAGAUGAUAUCAACAAGAAAGCGUUUGAUAAAUUCAAAAAAGAGCACGGUGUGGUGCCUCAGAUGGACAGUGCUGCCCCCUCGGAGCGGUUUGAAGGAUCAUCUUUAGAUUCAUCACCUUGGACUACAGAGGAACAAAAGCUUUUAGAACAAGCACUGAAGACUUACCCAGUAAAUACUCCUGAGAGGUGGGAGAAAAUAGCAGCAGCUGUUCCAGGCCGGUCAAAAAAAGACUGCAUGAAGCGAUACAAGGAACUCGUUGAAAUGGUCAAAGCAAAGAAAGCUGCUCAAGAACAAGUGAUGAAUGCUACUAAAGUCAAGAAAUGACUCUUACUGACAAUCUUUUGUUUUAUAAUAAAAAUGCAAAUAC